GCUGUUAAAUUUUAAACUGCCAUGCACUCGGCUUCCAGUAUGCUGGGAGCAGUGAAGAUGGAAGGGCACGAGCCGUCCGACUGGAGCAGCUACUAUGCCGAGCCCGAGGGCUACUCCUCGGUGAGCAACAUGAACGCCGGCCUGGGGAUGAACGGCAUGAACACGUACAUGAGCAUGUCGGCGGCCGCCAUGGGCAGCGGCUCGGGCAACAUGAGCGCCGGCUCCAUGAACAUGUCGUCGUACGUGGGCGCUGGCAUGAGCCCGUCCCUGGCCGGCAUGUCCCCCGGGGCGGGCGCCAUGGCCGGCAUGGGCGGCUCGGCCGGGGCGGCCGGCGUGGCUGGCAUGGGGCCGCACCUGAGCCCGAGCCUGAGCCCGCUCGGGGGGCAGGCGGCCGGGGCCAUGGGCGGCCUGGCACCCUACGCGAACAUGAACUCCAUGAGCCCCAUGUACGGGCAGGCGGGCCUGAGCCGCGCGCGCGACCCCAAGACUUACCGGCGCAGCUAUACGCACGCCAAGCCACCCUACUCGUACAUUUCGCUCAUCACCAUGGCCAUUCAGCAGAGCCCCAACAAGAUGCUGACGCUGAGCGAGAUCUACCAGUGGAUCAUGGACCUCUUCCCCUUCUACCGGCAGAACCAGCAGCGCUGGCAGAACUCCAUCCGCCACUCGCUCUCCUUCAACGACUGCUUCCUCAAGGUGCCCCGCUCGCCCGACAAGCCCGGCAAGGGCUCCUUCUGGACCCUGCACCCCGACUCGGGCAACAUGUUCGAGAAUGGCUGCUACCUGCGCCGCCAGAAGCGCUUCAAGUGCGAGAAGCAGCUGGCCCUGAAGGAGGCCGCGGGCGCCGCGGGCGGCGGUAAGAAGGCGGCCGCCGGGGCCCAGGCCUCGCAGGGUCAGCUCGGGGAGGCCGCCGGGCCGGUCUCCGAGACUCCGGCGGGCACCGAAUCGCCCCACUCGAGCGCCUCCCCGUGCCAGGAGCACAAGCGAGGGGGCCUCGGGGAGCUGAAGGGGACGCCGGCCGCGGCGUUGAGCCCCGCGGAGCCGGCGCCCUCGCCAGGGCAGCAGCAGCAGGCCGCGGCCCACUUGCUGGGCCCGCCGCAUCACCCGGGCCUGCCGCCAGAGGCCCACCUGAAGCCGGAGCACCACUACGCCUUCAACCACCCCUUCUCCAUCAACAACCUCAUGUCCUCGGAGCAGCAGCACCACCACAGUCAUCACCACCACCAGCCCCACAAAAUGGACCUCAAGGCCUACGAACAGGUGAUGCACUACCCCGGCUACGGGUCCCCCAUGCCGGGAAGCCUGGCCAUGGGCCCGAUCACGAACAAAGCGGGCCUGGACGCCUCGACCCUGGCCCCAGACACCUCCUACUACCAGGGGGUGUACUCCAGGCCCAUUAUGAACUCCUCUUAAGAAGACGGCGUGACCUGGCUAGCCCGGACCCAGACGGGAGAGACAGGAAAUGGGGUAGAGACUCUGAGAAAGGGGUGCUGGAAAGAUACGAGGAAGAAGGACCCGUCACACCCCCGCCCCCGGAACAGAGGUCUCCCCUCACCCUCUGCAGCCCUUCCCUCCCUCACAUGGGCCACGCUGAUGUCUAUCAUGAUAUAUAAGGAGGGAAAGGGAAAAAAAGAUAAACAGUCAAAAAAAAGAGAAAAAGGAAAGCCUCAGUUUCCACUACUGUGUAGACGCCUGCUUCUUUAAGCACCUGCGAAUUCUGACUUUUUGUUGUUGUGGUUUCUCUCCGUUGCUGUCAUUGCAGGGAAGUCUUACUUUAUUAAAAAAAACAAAAAACAAAAAAAGCAACAAAAAACAAAAAACAAAAAAGAAAAAAACAAACUUUUGUGAGUGACUCAGUGUAAAACUGUAGUUUUAACAGAAAACAGAGUUGUACUAUUGUUUAAAAAAGAGAAAAAAUGAUGUAAGGGUCUGUUGUAAAUGAUCAAGAAAAAGAAAAAAAAAAGUAUUCCCAUUCUUGAUACGGUGAAAUUCAGGUCUCGAGUCUGAUUAAUUUAUGGUUUCCGCGUGCUUUAUUUAUGGCUUAUAAAUGUGUGUUCUGACUACAAGAACCAGAGUUCCACAAAUCUAUAUUAAAGUGUUA